AUGGCACCUUCACUCUUUACCCUUGGCACGGCUGCCCUGGCCUUGGCUGGUGACGCUGUCGCUAAACAGUUCGUUCUCGAUGACACAUACGACUCCACCAACUUCUUUGACAAGUUUGACUUUUUCGAGAGCAAGUAUAACACGGGCGAUUACAACGACGUUGAUCUCACUUCGGGCUACAUCAACUAUCGCACCCGUGUCGACGCCCAGAAGCUGGGUCUCAUCAGCAACACCGGCGGCGAGGUCUACGUGGGCCCCGAUGCCCACAACAUCACCGAGUUCCCCGGUGUUGGUCGGUCAAGUGUGAGGCUUGAGAGCAAGGCCGUUUACAACAAACAUCUCAUGGUUGCCCGCUUCUCUCAUCUUCCUAAGCCUGUCUGCGGUGCCUGGCCCGCCUUUUGGUCAUAUGGUUCUCCCUGGCCUAAGAAGGGUGAGCUUGACUUCUUCGAGGGCUGGAACAACGCGGCUGCCAACAAGCCUGCUGCCCACACCUACCUCACAUCCGAACAGGGCCAGUGUAUUAUCAGUGAGACUGGUCAGACGGCCAAGGUCAACACGGCCAACUGUGAUCAGCAGGCUCCUGGCCAAUACAUCAACGAGGGGUGUACCACUACAGCUACCUCUGCUGACCCUUGGGGCUCCUCUGAUGGUGGUGUCUAUGCUGUUGAGUGGACAGACGACUACAUCAAGUUCUUCGCCUGGACCCAUUCCGCAGCUCCCAAGAACAUCGGCUCCGACUCGCCUGAUACCUCCUCCUGGGGAACUCCCUCUAUGCUCAUCGCCAACGACAAGUGCAACAUCAACAGCCACUUUGCCGACCAAAAACUCGUUCUGAACAUUGACUUCUGCGGUGUCCUCGCAGGCAACGAGUACAUCUGGAAGGACCAGUGCGCUGCGUCUACCGGCCACGCUGUCUGCUCGUCGUAUGUCGCGGCGAACCCCGGUGCCUACAAGGACACCUACUUCAAGAUCAAGGACAUUCGUGUGUUCAAGGAGGGCAGCAAGGCUGUGACGACUUCCUCGUCUGCUUCGCCUACCUCUACCUCGACUUCCAUCUCGACUUCCACCUCGACAUCUGCCACAACGUCGUCUGCCUCCACGUCAUCAGCCUCGACGUCGUCUGCUUCGACGUCGUCUGCGUUUACGUUGACUACGAUAUCCACCUCGGCAUCUGCUUCUGCAUCCGCCUCUGCGUCCACCUCAACCUCAACCUCAACGAGUGCCUCCAUCUCUGCUUCCGCUAGCGGCUCGGUCACGGCAAAGGAUACGUCUGUCAGCACCUCUGACAACGCCUCUGCUUCUGGCACCACAUCCGCCUCUGCAUCUGCAACCGCAUCUAUCUCUGGUUCUGCCUCUGGUUCAGCCACUGGAACUAUCUCUGGAGCGGCUGCUGGAUCUGGAUCUACUUCAGUCUCAGCUUCAGCAUCUGCCUCUGGAUCCGGCUCCAAGUCAGCCUCUGCUUCCAUCACUCCUACUGACCCGAUCACCACAAGUGCCACUGGCACGAAGUCAGCCACCGCCAGCGCAUCCGGCUCCAUCUCCAUCAAGUCCAACAGUAUGACCGAAGAGGAUGUCUGCACCGAGAGCGAUGCCAUCACCACCAAGACCGACGUCACCAGCAAACAGACUCAGGCAACUUCCACAACGACUCCCCCCGUUGAGCGCACGACCUCGACAGUCUACACCACAAAGGUUUCUACCAUCACCGCGUGCCCACCCUCCGUCGCCGACUGCCCAGCCCGCCUGGGCAAGGUCACGACGCAGACCAUUGCCCUGUACACCACGGUCUGCCCCGUAUCGUCUGUCCCUGCUCCGAAGCCCGCCGAGCCGGUCAAGGGCAACGAUAAGCCCAACCUUGGCCCUGGCCCUGCGCCUGCGCCUGGUGUCUCGACCACCACAUUCACCACCGUCUACACGAUCACCAAGUGCCCUCCCUCCGUCACAAACUGCCCCGUCGGCAGUGUCACCACCAAGGUCGUCACCACCUCUAUUCCCUUCGCCGGCACCUCCGUACCCAUCGUUACCAAAGCCGUCUCUACGGCCCCCUCGGGCCCCAACUCCGCCCCCAGCGUAAUCAAGACCCUCUCCUUGGUCUCCCCCUCCAGCGUUCCCUUCAAGCCUAGCGCCUCCGGAGGUAAUAGCACUGUCCCCAAGCCUCCUCCCGGCUUCAACGUCACCAUCCCGGCGACCAAGCCCACCACGCUCACCGCCUCCAAGCCCUCAGGAACGGCCCCAGGUGCUUCGACAACGGGCUGUUCCGGCGCCAGCUGCCCUACGAAGCCGGCUGUCGUCGUCAACGCGGCCGUCCAGGCGGGUGCCAGCUUUUUGCUGAUGGCCAUUGGUGCCCUCGCUGUCCUGGUUUUGUGA